AGCAGCUCUUGCAAAAGCGCUACCCUGUUGGCACCAAGUACACCAAGAAAUACACUCUCACCCUUGAUGAUCUUCACCGUUACUUGUUCUCUCCUGACCUUAAUCCCCCUAUUGGAGAUCAGGUACUACUUCUUUUAUCAUUUCUGCUUCUCGUUUCUCUGUUUUGUUCAUUUGGGUCAGAGUUGUUGAUGGAAAAGAACUUGGAUUUUGAGAAAAUGUGUCAUAUAAAGAGAUUAGUUUAGUAAUUUGAUAUUUUGGGAUAGUUAAGUUUUCCAUUCUUGAUAAAUAAAAUUUCGAACUUUAUUACUUUUUUUGGAAGAAAAAGAAAACGAUUUCCUCUGUUUUCUCAGUUGCCAAAUAUAGGGAAGAGAUCAUGACAUUGAUGAGGAAGAGGUGGUCACAUAGAAGAGUUCAAUUUAAGCAAUUUGGGAAGUGCGUCUCAAUGAUUUAUUCAGUUUGUAGUCAAUUUUCUAAUAGAGUAUGCUCUGAGGACCAAAUUCAGACGGCAAUUUAUGAGUGUUUACCAGGAUAUGACUGCCCCAUUGUCUCAUUAUUUCACCUAUACUGGUCAUAAUUCAUACCUGACUGGUAACCAAAUCAAUAGCGACUGUAGUGUUGUCCCAAUAGUAAAGGCAUUGAAGAGAGGUGUAAGAGUAGUGGAGCUUGAUAUGUGGCCAAGUGAUGACACGACUCAUGGUGUUCAUGUUUACCACGGAUGGACCCUGACUACUCCAGUGGAAAUUAUUGAAUGCUUGAAAUCCAUUAGGGAGCAUGCCUUUUCUGCAUCACCAUACCCUGUCAUAAUCACUCUUGAAGACCACCUUACCCCAGAUCUCCAGGCUAAAGUAGCCCAGCUGAUCACGCAAACAUUUGAAGAUAUGUUGUUUUAUCCUCAACCUGAACGUUUAAAAGAGUUCCAUUCGCCAGAAGAACUGAAAUAUCGGAUUAUUAUUUCAACCAAACCUCCAAAGGAAUACCUGAAAGCUAAAAGUGAAAAGGGAAAUAAGCCACAUGAAGAAAAUGAUUCUGAUGAAGAUGCUUGGGCUAAGGCACCAUCAGACCUCACAACUGAUCAAGAAGUUGAUACGAGUGGUAGUGAUUCAAGUCCUGAUGAGGAUAAUGAUGACUGUGAAUCACGUCCACCAGGAGUAUGUACAUACAAGAGUCUAAUUGCUAUUCAUGCUGGAAAACCCAAGGGUGGUCUAAAGGAGGCAUUAAAAGUUGAACUUGAGAAAGUUAGACGCCUUAGUUUGAGUGAACAAGCACUUGAAAAGGCUUCUUCAUCUCAUGGAACGGAUGUUAUUAGAUUUACUCAAAGAAAUAUCUUAAGGGUGUACCCAAAGGGUACUCGCCUUAACUCCUCCAACUACAACCCGCUAAUUGGUUGGAUGCAUGGAGCUCAAAUGGUUGCAUUUAAUAUGCAGGGAUAUGGUAAAUAUCUUUGGUUGAUGCAUGGGAUGUUUAGAUCCAAUGGAGGUUGUGGUUAUGUGAAGAAGCCUGAUUUUUUAAUGAAAUUGGGUCCAGAUAAUUCAGUGUUUGAUCCCAAAGCAAAAUUGCAAGUGAAGAAGACUUUAAAGGUGAAGGUUUAUAUGGGAGACGGGUGGCAUUCGGAUUUUUCACAAAGACACUUUGAUUCGUUUUCACCUCCAGAUUUUUACACGAGGGUUGGCAUAGCAGGAGUGCCAGCCGAUAAGGUAAUGAAGGAAACAAGGACAAAACAAGAUGAUUGGUCUCCUGUUUGGGAUGAAGAAUUUAUAUUUCCAUUGACUGUUCCUGAACUAGCUUUGCUUCGAGUUGAAGUUAAUGAGCAUGACAUUUCUAGGAAUGAUGAUUUUGCUGGCCAAAAUUGUUUGCCAGUUUGGGAAUUAAGGCCAGGGAUCCGUGCAAUCCCCCUUUUUAACCGUAAAGGAGAGAAGUACAACUCAGUGAGGCUACUUAUGCGAUUUGAGUUUAUCUGAGCAAGGUUUUCUUUUUUGUGUAUUUACUUUGGUUGAUUUCUCCCACUAUCCAAUGUUUUUUGUUAAUUGUUAUUGUUAUGUAAGUUUUAAUCUCUCUCUCUUUGUGGUGCUUGUAAAGCUGUUAUUCUUAACCACUAUAAUUGAUUUGUGGAUUUAAGCAUCCACUUGAUUUU